CGCGCUACGCUGCGCACGCUCGCGCAUCCACUCCGCGUUCCAUGCGUACCACGCAUGAAGAUCGAGGACCAAACCACCGAGGAGGCGGCGCGCCGCCCGCCCGCCACCAGACGACAAGAGAAACCACCCUACUCCUACAUAGCCCUCAUCGUCAUGGCCAUCCGCCACUCUCCCAACAAACAACUCACUCUCAGCGAAAUCUACGCCUACCUCCAACAGCGGUUCCCGUUCUUCCGCAGCUCCUACCAGGGCUGGAAGAACUCCGUGCGGCAUAACCUCAGCCUGAACGAAUGUUUCGUUAAGCUGCCCAAGGGGUUGGGGCGGCCGGGGAAGGGGCAUUACUGGACGAUAGAUCCUUCCGCGGAGUUCAUGUUCGAAGAGGGGUCUUUCAGACGGCGCCCUCGUGGUUUCCGACGCAAAUGUCAGGCGUUGAAGCCUCAGUUCGGAAGCGGGGGCUAUUUAUGUAGUAGCGGGAUGGCGGCGUUGCCGUCGACUCAGGGUUCGGGGUACGAGCUGGCUGGUGGUAGUAGCUCGGGUGUGAGUGGGGGUUCUUCGAUGGACUAUGGGGCUUGUGCGUAUUCUCACUCGAGUGCUGCUAGCCAGCAGUUGGCGUACGGCAGCGAGUACUGCACAUACGGCGCGAUGGGGGACCGCGAUUGGCAGCUGGGGUACGGCGCCGUGGACCCGGGGUACCGGCCGCCGCCGACGUCGCCGCCGCCGCACCACGAGCUGCCGGACCUCAUACCGAACUACCAGUACGCCGUAGCCAAUGAUCAUGGAACUGCGCCAAUGUUUGCGGGCAUGCGAGGAGUGCACGGUCAGAUGUUAGCCAGCGGGACCCUGGGCGGCUCUUCGAUUCCCGGGUUGAGUGGCUUCGGGCUGUCUACCUCUCUGCCUACCCUGCCUGAAAGGAAGGUCUACUCCACGCCCCCACCUACACCGCUACCCAACCUUCCCCCCGUGAGUGGAUCGAUCCCGACAACAACGACUUAUUAUGACCAUAUGAAAUAUUAAAAUAAUCUUGUACGCAUAAAAUAUUACCAGUACAAUCAACUCCAUGUCAAGUUAUUCUAUGACACGGUAAUAGAGGUAAAUACGAAAAUUUGGGUAACUUGACAUGAUGUCGACCGUAGGUACUACAUACUUGUAAUAAUAUUCUGUUGUCGUAGGUAAAAACGUUUUUUAGUAACUACGAAAUUGAUAAGUGAAAACCUAUUUAUGUGUUAGUGUUUUCCUUACAACAUUUUUCCGCUUUCAUUACAAAUAAUACAUAAAAUUUUUGUUUUGAUAUAUCUUACCCAGUUUCAAAAUUUGGUUUUCCAGCAAAUUAUCUACUUAUAAAGUUCAACUAUAAUCUUACCGAUGAUAGCUUAUCAAUAAUUGGAUUUAUAUUUCUAUUAUAUUGUUAAUAAAGUAAUUUUAAAGUCUAAUUUAGAAGUUCGAUUAAUACUAAGACAUUGCUUUAUUUAUUUUUCACAGUAAAACUGAAUUCACACCUUUCUUUUUAAAAAUAUGACAAUAUGCCAUUUGAAAUAUAUUAGUAUGGAUUUUCAAGCGAUCUCCAAAACAAUUUCUUUUAUUUUUUUCUUACUUAAUGUUAUAAGCCCAGUGUCAUGCUGAUAGAUUUCUAAAUAAUUAAUUUAGUUUAGCUGUAUAAAAUCGAUAAUUAUAUGUAUUGUUAACUUAAAAAUUAUAGGUAACCAAAAAUGUGGUAAUAUGAUACGUAUAUACUAUUAUAUAAUUUAAUUUUCCAAAAUAGAAAUUAUGUAAGUAAAAAUCAUGUAAUCAUAGAAUAUGUUACAUUUUAAUAGGUUUUUUGUCUCGCAGAGACAAGAUUUACAACAAACAGUCACAGUCAUGAUUUUUUCUUCAAAAUACUUACUUCAGUUUAUACCAAAAAUUAAUUUAGUAGACACGAAGUGAAAAAAGUUAAGUACCUAGUUGGUUGCGAUGGAAAGAUUGAUUUUAUAGGUAAAGCUUCUAAACAGAGGCUAUCUUUCUUUUUAUCAUGUAGUAAAAAGUAAGUACUUACAUACUUAUUUAUUUUUUAUAGAUAUGUACACGAGUGUGGUACCAAAAUCUUUGUGUCAGGCAUAAACACGAGUAUGAUUUAGGUAUAUCUCUUGUAGACGAGUAAAAAUAGAAGAUGUAAUAGUGUGGUAGUAGUUCAAAAAAAUACACAAAAAAAUAGAUAAGUACCUAAUUAAAAUACUUACAUAAAAAAUCAUAUAACGAUUGUUAUUUAGUACACUUCAGUCCAAAAUUUUUCAUUUUGUCAGUCAAUUAACUAUGAUAAAUCUAAUAAUAAGUAUAUCUGUCAUGAAUUACAAAAAUUAACCUCGCUUUUCAUUAGUUUCGUGUUUUCUCAAGUUAACUUUUCAGAGGCUUCCAAACUUUUUAAUUUUUUUUUUUUUUAACUAUAAUUGAGUUUUGAAAAAUAGAUGGAUUGACUGAUAAAACGAGAUUUAAUGUGACGCGUAAUGUAACUUGAAAUUUCGUAGCCUUAUGAUUUGUUCGUAGCAAUUUUCGUAGCUCCUUCGUAGACCUUUUGUAUUAUUGUGUUAUAAUAGGUAUACCACCUGCCGUACAUCUACGAUGCGAAGGCUGUAUUAUACAUUUUUAUAUUAUAACAGAUAAUUUAAAUAGAUUCAUAAAAGUACAGAUUAUCUAAGCUUCAAUAAGAACAUGUUUAAAACAAAGUAAAGUGCAUGUUUUCAUUCUAGCCGUAAUUGAA